GUAAUGAGAAAAUCACUUCGUAACUUUAAAAGCCGAGAUGUUUCGUUUUUUGUAUUUAACUAGAAAGAUUAAAUCUCCGUUGGCCCGCGUGCGGUGUUUUAGUUGUAAUAGCGAUGUUAUUAAAGUACAGAAUGCAGUGAAAGAAGCGCUUCUACAAAAUAAACCAGUGUUGGCGCUUGAAAGUACAAUUAUAACGCAUGGAAUGCCAUACCCUGAUAAUUUGCAAAUGGCUUUAUCUGUGGAGAAGAUUGUACACGAACACUGUGCAACACCAGCCACAAUAGGGAUGGUAGAUGGGGUGGUUUAUAUUGGCAUGGGAGAAGAUAUGUUAAAAAGAUUGGCCACCCAUCCUUCCCCUGUUAAGUUGUCCAGACGUGAUUUAGCUGUUGGUUGCUCUAAACAACUAACCGGUGGAACUACUGUGUCGGCAACUAUGUUGCUUGCUCACAAAUUCGGGAUUGACAUUUUCGCAACCGGGGGAAUUGGUGGUGUCCACUUGUUGGGGCAAGAGAGCAUGGACAUCAGCGCUGAUCUACGAGAGCUCGGACAAACCCCGAUAACUGUUGUUAGCGCUGGAGUGAAGUCUAUACUUGAUAUUGGAAGAACUUUGGAAUAUUUGGAGACAGAAGGUGUGACAGUUGCAACUUUCGGCAACACUAAAGAUUUUCCAGCGUUUUUCACUCGGAAAAGUGGAUUCAAAUCUCCUUAUUGUGUGUCUGGCAUCACUGAGGCAGCAGAGCUUAUCCAAAGUCAUCAGAAGUUAAAGUUAGGAAGCGGAAUGCUCAUUGCUGCUCCCAUUCCAAAGGAAUUUAAAGCAUCUGGGACCAAAAUAGAAAACUCAAUAAAACUUGCCCAACAGGAAGCCAGCUCGCAGGGUAUACAGGGUAAAGAAGUUACUCCAUUUAUCCUUAGAAGGGUGAAUGAUAUCACAAAGGGGGAAUCCCUAAAAUCAAACAUCCAGCUUAUGCUAAAUAAUGCAAAGAUUGGAGCUCAGAUUGCUAGAGAACUGAAAACAACAAGAACAAAAACAACAACUGCUUCUACAACAAAAACUAGAAAGAAAAUACAAACCAAUCAGCCUGUGGUUAUAGGAGGAUGCAAUGUUGACUUUGUGUCCAAAGCAACUCAACCCCUGGUCCAUGGAGGGCCUUCCAACCCAGCUGUUGUUCAGCAAUCGUUUGGUGGAGUGGGUAGGAACAUCGCAGAAACUUUAUGGAGGUUAAACAACAAUCCCUUAUUGAUAUCCGCGCUUGGCUCCGAUUACGUUGCACAAUUGUUGAUGAGUCAUCUUAAGGGAAUGGACACAAGUGGAAUUUCCAUUCUACCCGACCACAGGACUGGUGCAUAUAACGCCAUCUUUAAUUAUAACGGGGAGUUAGAUCUUGCGGUGGAGGAUUCGGAUAUCCAUCGACAAAUCAACACCGAGAUGGUCGAACAACAUGUUGAUUCCAUCAUAGUGGCUCCCAUGGUUUGUCUUGAUGCAAAUAUUGCUUAUGAUGCAAUCAACUUUGUGUGUGGAGUCUGCAAUAAACACAAUAUCCCAUUGUUGCUGGAACCCACUGGUGAACUAAAAGCAGCACAAGGAUACAUGGCUUGUGGGGAAUAUACGGAUGUUAUCAAAUAUAUGACUCCUAAUGUGGAUGAACUUAAGGCAAUAUAUGAAGCUGUGACGUUACAACAAGCACCCAGUGUUGACUUUGAGAGCGACCUGAAUUCCAGUUUAACGAAACUUGUUGGAAUGUGUCGGCCAUUGUUGGAUCGAAUACGUUGUAUUAAUGUAACUAUGGGAAGGUUUGGUGUCUUUUGUGCUGCUAAUACCCCUUCUCCUACUUUCACCCACUAUCCCCUAACCCCGGCCCCCAAAUGGGGAUGGCUCACCCACCCCAUAUCCAAUGUAUCGGGGUCAGGUGACGGGUUCGCUGCCGGGUUCACACAUGGGUUACUUCGGGGUCAUGACCUCAACGCCUCCGUCCAAAUAGGGAUAACUAUUGCACAAAGAGCGUUGCGCUCCAGCGAAGCUGUCAAUCAAAAGUUGACAGAGCGUGACGCAGUUUUGUCAAACGGUUGUUGGCCGAAACAUCAAAUUCAUGUAUAAGUAUGUUUGCCUGACGCGAUCUAUGACCACUGAUUUUGCUUGACAGCCCACCGCAUAAAUAUGAUUUCACAUGUUGGCCCGCGAUUUUAUAAGUUUGGGAACCCCUGGUCUAAUGUAAUCUACGACUAUUGACUAGUUUCGCAUCAGUAGUCUGUGGUAGGGUGGGGGAAGAUGGGACACCUUUCAUUCUAUAUUCUCGUCCCAUUUGGUAGUAAACAAAGAAAAUUCAAAGAAAUAUAAAACUGUUUCCUCAUGACCCCAUAUAAGUGUAUUUGUAAUCUGUGUCUAGAUAGUACUUACACCUCAAUAUAACGUAAUCUUUAAAAAAAUAAGGUUUUUGGUGCCAUAGGUUUCAGUGUUACAGCAUGCUUUUUGUUUUUGUGUGAAAUAUUUUAGCAAGCAAUAUUUUAGCGUAACUUUUAAGUGGUGUCAAAAAUAGUUGUGACAUGUUCUACCAUCUUAGCCUAAUCCAGCAAUAUUAGUAAUUGUUGGUGUAUUGUGUUAAAAAUACUUUUGCAAUCUUAAUAACUUGUAGAGUUAGGAAUAUAAUAUAUUAUUUGUUUGGUAUGAUUGUUAUUGUAUUAUUAUAAUUAUUAUGCUCGUUACACUUUUAAUUCUAUACAAUCUAUGCUAAGUAACUGUGUAAGUUUUUAAUGACAUAAAUAUGCAAUAUAUGUUAAUCGUGCCACAAACAAUUUGCAAUACAACUUGAUCAGAGUAA